UGGCUAAGCGGGAAGAAGGACAGAGUUUCUCACUUUGCCAGAGCAGUGCAUCACCAAGGAACCCAGAGCAGGCCCUUACCUGAGCUGGGGCCCGAUACAGAACGGGGAGGCUUUGUGCCCGCAGGACAAGGCAGCAGGGGCUGAGGCCAUGGAGGAGCAAAAGGCCCAGAACCAGAGCCAGAAUCAGGGGAGUGUGGAGCCUACAGCGCCUCCGCUUCCUCCACCUUCACCACCACUAUCAGAGCCACUAGAAUACCCGAGACCUAAGCUCAUCUUCCACACCCAGCUGGCUCAUGGGAGUCCCACAGGCCGUAUCCAUGGAUUCACCAAUGUUAAGGAGCUGUACGCCAAGAUUGCUGAAGUGUUCAACAUCUCGCCCUCAGAGAUCCUGUUCUGCACCCUCAACUCUCAUAAAGUGGACAUGCAGAAGCUACUGGGUGGCCAGAUCGGACUGGAAGACUUCAUCUUUGCUCACGUCAGAGGGGAGACCAAAGAGGUUGAGGUGACGAAGACGGAAGACGCAUUGGGCCUUACUAUCACAGACAAUGGAGCUGGAUAUGCUUUCAUCAAGAGGAUAAAGGAAGGCAGCACCAUAGACCAGCUGAAGUCAGUAUGUGUUGGUGACCACAUUGAGGCCAUCAACGACCAGAGCAUUGUAGGCUGUCGACACUACGAGGUGGCAAAGAUGCUAAAAGAGCAACCAAGAGGCAUUCCCUUCACUCUCCGCCUGGUGGGGCCCAAGAAGGCCUUUGACAUGAUCGGAAUGAGGACGAAAGCGCCAAAAUCUACUGAGGGCAAGAUGGUAAACGGGAGGGAGACACUGCGUCUUCGCUCCAAGGGUGCUGCUACAGUUCAGGAAGUGCAGAAUGAGUUUGAUGAACGUGCCAUGAAGAAAGUGGACGACCUGCUGGAGAGCUACAUGGGCAUCCGAGAUCUGGAGCUGGCAACCACCAUCGUGGAAGCAGGCAAAGACAAGAAGAACCCUGAUGAUUUUGCAGAGGCCUUGGACUCAGUUCUGGGAGAUUUUGCUUUCCCUGACGUGUUUUUGUUUGAUGUAUGGGGAGCUAUUGGAGAUGUCAAGAAUGGUAAAAUGUAGAGUAAGUUACCUUGUACACAAAAGCAAGCUAAAGGGAAAGCUGUCUUCGCUGGUACAUCUAACAGGGAAAAAAGAAUGUGUAGAUGUUUUUAACUUUUAAUCACUUUAAUUAAAACCAUGCCAGGGACCACAAUUUAUUCAACUAUUUCCCUUUGAACAGUCAAAUUACAAUAAUCCGCCCUUAAGAAGAUCAUCACUGUUAAUAUUUAUGAUGAAUAUAACUGAAUUUUGACAAAUCUUUACAAUAAACACAAAACACUGAAAAUUGUAGUGUAGUUUUUAAAUACAUUUUGUCCUGAAAGACUCAAGGACUGAAAUUAACCUUUAUGGGGUAGAAAUGUAGCUCAUGAUCUUGUUCAGGAAAACAGUGACAGUCAAAUUAACUGGUUAUA